AUGUGGACCAAAAGCAUCAAAAUUUGCAGAAGUAUCACGAGGAAGAAUCUGUAGAAAAACAAGGAAAAACAAGGAAAAACAAGGAAAAAACAAGGAAAAACAAGGAAAAACAAGAAAAAACAAGGAAAAACAAGAAAAAACAAGGAAAAACAAGGAAAAACAAGGAAAAACAAGGAAAAACAAGGAAAAACAAGGAAAAACAAGGAAAAACAAGGAAAAACAAGGAAAAACAAGGAAAAACAAGGAAAAACAAGGAAAAACAAGGAAAAACAAGGAAAAACAAGGAAAAAACAAGGAAAAACAAGGAAAAACAAGGAAAAACAAGGAAAAACAAGGAAAAAACAAGGAAAAACAAGGAAAAACAAGGAAAAACAAGGAAAAAACAAGGAAAAACAAGGAAAAACAAAGAAAAACAAGGAAAAACAAGGAAAAACAAGGAAAAACAAGGAAAAACAAGGAAAAACAAGGAAAAACAAGGAAAAACAAGGAAAAACAAGGAAAAACAAGGAAAAACAAGGAAAAACAAGAAAAACAAGGAAAAACAAGGAAAAACAAGGAAAAACAAGGAAAAACAAGGAAAAACAAGGAAAAACAAGGAAAAACAAGGAAAAACAAGGAAAAACAAGGAAAAACAAGGAAAAACAAGGAAAAACAAGGAAAAAACAAGGAAAAACAAGGAAAAACAAGGAAAAACAAGGAAAAACAAGGAAAAACAAGGAAAAACAAGGAAAAACAAGGAAAAAACAAGGAAAAAUAAGGAAAAAACAAGGAAAAACAAGGAAAAACAAGGAAAAACAAGGAAAAACAAGGAAAAACAAGGAAAAACAAGGAAAAACAAGGAAAAACAAGGAAAAACAAGGAAAAACAAGGAAAAACAAGGAAAAACAAGGAAAAACAAGGAAAAACAAGGAAAAACAAGGAAAAACAAGGAAAAACAAGGAAAAACAAGGAAAAACAAGGAAAAACAAGGAAAAACAAGGAAAAACAAGGAAAAACAAUGAAAAACAAGGAAAAACAAGGAAAAACAAGGAAAAACAAGGAAAAACAAGGAAAAACAAGGAAAAACAAGGAAAAACAAGGAAAAACAAGGAAAAACAAGGAAAAACAAGGAAAAACAAGGAAAAACAAGGAAAAACAAGGAAAAACAAGGAAAAACAAGGAAAAACAAGGAAAAACAAGGAAAAACAAGGAAAAACAAGGAAAAACAAGGAAAAACAAGGAAAAACAAGGAAAAACAAGGAAAAACAAGGAAAAAAAAAAGGAAAAACAAGGAAAAACAAGGAAAAACAAGGAAAAACAAGGAAAAACAAGGAAAAACAAGGAAAAACAAGGAAAAACAAGGAAAAACAAGAAAAAACAAGGAAAAACAAGGAAAAAAAAAAAAAAAAAAAAGAACAAGGAAAAACAAAGAAAAACAAGGAAAAACAAGGAAAAACAAGGAAAAACAAGGAAAAACAAGGAAAAAAACAAGGAAAAACAAGGAAAAACAAGGAAAAACAAGGAAAAACAAGGAAAAACAAGGAAAAACAAGGAAAAACAAGGAAAAACAAGGAAAAACAAGGAAAAACAAGGAAAAACAAGGAAAAACAAGGAAAAACAAGGAAAAACAAGGAAAAACAAGGAAAAACAAGGAAAAACAAGGAAAAACAAGGAAAAACAAGGAAAAACAAGGAAAAACAAGAAAAAACAAGAAGAAGAAAAAAAAAACAACAAAAAAAAAAAACAAGGAAAAAUAUGGAAAAAAUAUGGAAAAACGUGGAAAAAAUAUGGAAAAACGUGGAAAAACUUGGAAAAACAAAAAAAUAUGGCAAAAACAUGGAAAAAAACAUGAAAAAAAUAAAAAAACAUGAAAAAAACAUAAAAAAAAAAAACAAAAAAAACAUGGAAAAUAUGAAAAAACAUGGGAAAACAAAAAAAAAAAACAUGGUAAAACAUGAAAAAAUAUGGGAAAAUAUGUCAAGACAUGGAAAAAUAAAAAACGACAUAGAAAAUUAUAUAAAUGACACCUUACAAAAGUUCAUUAAAAUACACGGCAAGCUUACGAUGUGA